UUACACAGAACAGCUCUGGGGGCUGCUGAAGUCCAGAAUGAAGCAAAGAGCAGCAGAAGCGAGUGCUGCAGUGGGAGCGGAGGAACCCAAGCAUCGCCGAGAGCUGGAGCCGACUGUUAUCCCUGCUGGGAGCAACUGGGAGCACCCGGGGGAUCCUGCAUCCCUGUCUCCCACAGGAAACAGCCUCUGGCACUGCCACUGAGCCCACUGCCAGCCCCCGGAGAGCCGAGGGGAAAGGGCUGGCGGUUGCAGGACGCAGGGCUGGGCUGGAGGGCAGCAAGGUCAGCACUGCUAUGGUCACAGAGGGCUAAGAGCCUGCUGGAUCCCCGGGGAAGAGGUGGAGUAUGGCUGCCGAAGGAGGGAGAGCCAAGCCUGCUGCCCAGUCCAGGAUGGAGAACUUCCGAAAGGUGAGGACCUCGGAGCAGGAGAUGCCGUUGCCCUUCCCAGACCUGCCCCCGGACGUGGUGGAGAUGAAAGUGAAGGAGGGCAGCAAGAUCAGGAACCUGAUGAACUUCGCCAUGGCCCAGAUGGAGCUGAAGGGCAGGCGGCAGAUUGUGUUCAGCGGCUGCGGCAGGGCCGUCACCAAAACCAUCACCUGCGUGGAGAUCAUGAAGCGCAAGCUGGGAGGGCUCCACCAGGUCACCAAGGUACGCUACAAAACCGUGCUGGAGGUCUGGGAGAACCAGGACCCGCCGCCUGACGGCCCCACACAGAACCUGACCGUCCACAAGAACGUCCCCUCCAUCUGCAUCCUGCUCUCCCGGGACCCCCUGGAUCCCAACCAGGCGGGAUACCAGCCCCCGGAGCAGCGGCGUGAGGCGGGGGAAGACACGUCAGGAUCCUCCACCAAGGGGCUGAAGCGGCUGCUGCCGCCUCCCUGCGAGGAGCUACUGCCCAAGAAACUGCAGUUGACCAGAGAAGAAGAACCCAGGGCUAUGUAGCUCUAAGAGGGAAUAUGCAUCAAGCAGAGAAGUUUCAGCAGAAGCAAAACUUCAGAGCGUUUCGCAGCCACCAGUCUUUGCUGUGUGAAAAGCAGAAGACCAUUUGCCUCUUGGGAGAACAAAAGCGCACCAGAAAAUCAUGUCCGAAGAAUGGAGCAGCAGAGUACCAGGCUGGUGUGUGCAGCGUACUGGCUGUAAGUGGCAAAUGGUUAGGGGCAAUUGCAUGUGAGUUAGCUUUGCUGCUUCCUAUUCCUCUUCCAGCAUUUUGUGGAAAAAACUGAGCUUGCUAUUCGGAUCCUAGAUGCUGAGAACACAUUUGUAGGUACACUGGAGAAAGAGAAGACACCAUGACUUGGCAUGCUGGAUGAACUUAUGCAGGCAAAGCAGGAAGGGCUGCCCUGCACUGGCUUUUACUUCCAGAGCUUCUUUUAGGACAGCAGCUGAGGAAAGUUGGCAACUGAGCUGCGAGAGUGCAAAAUGUGCAAGAGUGCACACCUGUGUGAGAAAGACGGUACAGAAAGGCAGUGUGCUCUGCACUGUUUCAGAGCUCUUUGGAGAACACGUACUUGAAGGAUGCCUUCUCAGUUCCAAAACUCUGCAACAGUGAAGCUGUAAGAAGAAGGUGAUCGCGAUGUGCAGAGGUGUUCAACAGCUGCGCUCUAUUUUUCCGAGCAGCAAGAGCAUUUUCAGCUGACUCCUGUUUUAAGAGAGCUUUUGCUGGACUUUUGCAGUUUGGUAGGCUGCUGGCACAAGCCCGGCGCAUUGCCUCUUCAUUCUGGGCUUUAUGCGAUCCAGCAAGAAGUGGUGCCCGGCCAUGACAUUCAGCUUUGCCACGUCUCAGCACGUCUAUUCUAGAGAAAGAUCAUGUGCUGUGCAUGCUUUCUCCUCCCCUUUAUGUACGCUUCUGAGCUUUUAUGGGCAGAGUCCGAAGUGUCCGUGUUGCUCCCGUUUAUCGAAAUGUGGCAGGAGAGGAGUACUUGCUGGAUUAGUCGUUCUAUGCCCAAGACAUUCAAGAGAGCAACGCAUCUGGGAAAGGAGCUGGGAUAAUGAAGGAUGUGUAGGCAUUGGUCUUUUCUGCCCAAUGUAUCCGAAAAGCUUUCCAUUUCAAGUCAGUAGACAAGAGAGGCAGAACACAGGGCUAUGUAAGGCUUCGUCAGAAAAUGCAUCACAUGGAGGGGUUUCAGCAGGAGCGAAAUAUCAGAGUGUUUCACUGCCACCAGUGUUUGCUGUGCGAAAAGCAGACAACCAUUCACCUCUGACAGAUUGAAAGUGCACCAGGAUACAAUGGGGAAGGAACAAAGCCGCAGAGCAUGAGGUUGGGGUGCCAGUACACUGCCCAAACAAGCCUAUUGCUCUGCAGGCUCUUCACCUCUUGUGUCCUGGUGCGCUUUCACUCUAGCAGAAGCAAAUCAUCUUCUCCUUCUACCACGGUAAACACUGAAACGAAGCCUGAUGAGGUUUUGCUUCUGCUGACACCUCCGGGUGAUGCAUUUUCCCAUGAAGCCUUACAUAGCCCUGUGUUCUGCCUCUCUUGUCAAAAAUAACCCCAAAAUCCAGCGAGAUUCCAGAGAUUUCUGAGGAAACAAAGGGCAAAAUGGGUGGGCAAAAUUCUGAAGGAAAUCUGACUUAAAAUGGCCAAAAUAUUAAAAAAAUCGCAUGCAAAAUGACCCCAAAAAAAUCCAAUUAGGACUGAGAAACCCCAAACCUGUCAAAAUUCCAGGGAUUAUUGGGAAAAUCAUGGGGGAAAACCCAGAAAAAAUUCAGCCUAAAAACCCAUAAAACUCACUAAAAAUCCGCACCAAGAAAUUCAAAAAUCCCCUAAAAAUUGCACGAGAAAUGGCCAGAAAAUCAUAAAAUCAGCACUAAAAAAACAAAAGUACCCCCAAAAUCCAGUGAGAUUCCAGGGAUUUCUGAGGAAUCAAAGGGCAAAACAGGUGGGCAAAAUUCUGAAGGAAAUCUGACUUAAAAUAGCCAAAAAUAUUCUAAAAAUAACCCAAAAAAUCUAAAACCUUGCAAUGAAACACCCCAAACCCAUCAAAAUUCCAGGGAUUAUUGGGAAAAGCAUCAGGAAAAACUCAGGAAAAACUCAGCCUAAAAACCCAGAAAAGUCCCUAAAAAUCCACACCAAGAAAUGCAAAAAUCCCUUAGAAAUUGCACGAGAAAUGGCCAGAAAAUUCCUAAAAUUUGCGAUAAAAAAAAGGAAAAUGGCCCCAACUUCAUUCUGUUUUGCUGUUGAUUUUCAUAGCUGAUGUUGUUCUUGUUUGUUUUGUAGAUAAAUUUGUAAAGAACUGUUAUUCCUAAACCCAUAUCUUUGCCUGAGAGCCCCUUAAUUUCCAAAUUAUAAUAAAUUGGAGGGAGGCCAUUCUCACUCUCCAUUUCACGAGGAGCUCCUGCCUUUUUCUUGGCAGUAGCUGUCCUCCAAACCAGGACAAUGACUUAAACAGCACUAGGUCAGCAUGACACCCCUAGUCCAAGAGCCAGCAUGUGUCUUCCUAGGGACUCUCUUGAGGACAGAAGCCCCAGCUCUGUCAUCUGGCAAAGCUGAAUUCCUUCUCCUUCGCGUUGUCCAGCAGGAACAGCGGUGGUGUGCGCAACCCCUCAGGUUCC